CCCUUCUCUCUCUUAAAAUCUUCAUUACUGGCGUUUUUCUGUUUCUUUUUUGCACCCUCCCCUUUAUCUCCAACCCGUUUGUUCUCGCUCACCUUUAGACUUUUCUCACGUACCAUAGACCCGGCCUCUAAUUUUUACCGCAGCGCGUUUCAUAUCUACUGUUCAUUUUUUAUCUCUCCACAGUUACCCCUUUUCCUAAAAAGAAUGGCGUUCAAUUUGGCGACGACGUCGGCGCAGGAGACAGUACGGUAUGUGGCCGCCUACCUGGACGACAUCACAGGGUGCUCGCGGGCCCUGGUUCUGCAGGCACAGCACCCAGAAGCCCACGAGCGGCAUUCCUCGCUGACGCUGUUCCACGCACGGUCCGUGCCUACCAUAGACCUGGAAACGUACCUGUCGCGGAUCCUCAAAUACUGCCCGUGCCAGAACGAGGUCUUCUUGGGCCUAAUCGUGUACAUGCAGCAGAUGAUAGACCGGUGCGCGCGCCGGCGAAUGCCCUUUGCCGUCGAUGCCUAUUCCAUCCAUCGCCUGCUGAUUACCGGCGUCACUGUUGCGUCAAAAUGGUUCUCGGACGUGUUCUUUACAAACUCCAGAUAUGCAAAGGUAAUGUCCAAGUCUCGGUGUUUGGUUGUAAUUUUGCACACAAUCGGAACAAUGCCGAUGCAGUGUCAUGGCUUGUAGAGGGGGUGCGAUGGCAUGCUUUAUUGACCUUGGGGGUUGCAGGAUAUGCACCCUUGUACAGCUGCGAGGCGCGCGGUUGAGAUGUGGAUUCGCUGCCUCUCUUUCUCUUCCCUGAGUGCAGAAAAAACUUCAGAUGAUAAUCUCGCCCCACCACCAAUCUUUGACCCCCACCGCCUCGC